CAAUAUAAAAGCAGUAAAACAUUAAAAUAAAUAAAACUUUCAAAUACAGACAAAAUGAGGCUAAACAAUUUACGUCAUAAAAAUAAAAAAUGCGAAAUAAUAAACAUAAAAAGUGGGAAAAAGAGCCAGGACAACUUCAAAAUGAUUCAGAAGAUUAUAAACUGCUGCCUGCGCCCGCUGGCGCUUGCUAGUCUUGGCAAUGAUUUCCCACAUUUGCCAUUUUGGUCUGUUGCUGUUUUGGUACUUGUCAUUGCCAUUUUGAUCUGUUGCCGUUUUGGUCUGUUGCUGUUUUGGUACUUGUCACUGCAGUUUUGGUACUUGUCAUUGCCAUUUUGGUCUGUUGCCGUUUUGGUCUGUUGCUGUUUUGGUACUUGUCAUUGCCGUUUUGGUACUCGUCAUUGCCGUUUUGGUCUGUUGCCGUUUUGGUCUAUUCCUGUUUUGGUACUUGUCAUUGCUGUUUUGGUAUGUUGCCGUUUUGGUACUUGUCAUUACAACUUUUUUUCCCUCUCAUUCUUUUUCCAAUGUGAAAUGUCUUAAUGAUCUGCAAAUGUUUAAUACAGUACUCCAACAAGCAAAUACAUUUUACACUUAUUUUAACUAUUAAAUUUAUAAUUCAGUAUUAUUUCAAUAUUAUUUGAAUUACUUUUCAGUAAUAUUUUAUGCUUCUAUGUAUGAAUCGCAAGAGAAAUCAUCCAAUAUAGAGUGCAUUUAUUGUACCAAUAAUAUGCAUGACUGACAUCAUCAAGGCACACUUGAUUGCCACAAUACAAUCACACUUGUUAGAUAAACCUGGAAAAACCCACUUCUGUUGUACAACUGAACACAUACCAGAGAAAUUUAAGGAUUAUUUCAAGAUGGCUGAAAGUGAACUAAGUCAAUUUCUGGAAAAUAUUGAUGAGAAGGUCCUAGAGUGCACCAUCUGCUUUAAGCGACUUAAAAAUCCUAAAUCACUCAACUGCCUUCACAGUUUCUGUUUGGCAUGUCUUGAAGACUGGGUUAAGACGAAGGGACAGCUGAUUUGUCCAACUUGCUCAAAAUUGUAUUUCAUUCCAGAGGGCGGGCUUCAGAAGCUUCCGCCUAAUACCUUUAUCAAUAAUUUAUUAGAAGCUAUUGAACAAUUUUCGAAAGAUCAAAUGAAAUGUAUUUGUGCAAAAGAACAGGCAAAAUACUACUGCCAGGAAUGCAGACAUUACUUGUGUUCUCCAUGUAGUGACCAUCACCAAAAAUUUCCAAUGUUGGCAAACCACAAGCUACAUUCAGUGGAAGAUGUGCAAUCAAUGACACCUUUACAAAUUACAUCAUUACAACCUCCGCUGUGUUCUCUUCACAAUGAGCCUUUACAAUUUUUCUGCUGCAUAUGCAAUAUUCCAAUAUGCACAGACUGCACAAUUACUGACCACAAGGAGUGGGAUGGAAAACACAAAUUAAUCAGCAUUUCUGAAGCCUUUAAAACAUUUAAAGAAACUUCAGAAAAAUUGGAGAAAGCUGCCAAUGACUGCAAAAACAAAUUACAAGAUGGGUUAAAAGCUGUUAUUCUGAAUGCUACCAAACUACAACAAAGCAAAGAUACAAGUUUGAGAGAUAUUGACAAUCAUGUACAAGAAAUGGUCAAGAAAGUCAAGGAGAAUGGAGAUAAGAUGAAAAAUAAAAUAGAGACAAUCUACAAAGAUAAAAAGAAGGUUUUAGAUGUACAAAUGGAUGAUUUGAAAAAAACAAUAUCUGACAUAAAUACAAAACUUAGUUUUCUUAAUCAGUUAUUGAAGAUUGAUGAAGCAACAGCAAUGCAAUCAAGUGAAAGAGUAAUUACAGCACUCAAAGAAAGAAUCAAUGAAUUACCAACUGAGCCAAAUGAUAAUGGACACAUUCAUUUCUAUAUAAACCAACAGCAAAUUGCUUCGUUGCAAUGUGAUAUUGGGUAUGUAUCACACAUGAGGGCAGCAGAAUGUUUAACAUUAAAGGGGGUGGAAUCUGUGACCAAGGGUCAGACAAUUGUUGUCAAAGUUAUCCAACCAGAUGAGUUUAAAAUACAUGCAAAUCAGCUGAAGGCAACAUGGACACAGCCUACAGGAGAAACCAACAUCACACAAAUUCAGGAAGAUGAUAAUGGAGAUUACUUUGUGACAGGAACCUGCACAAGUCCAGGUAUAUGUAAACUAGAUGUGCAUGCUGACGGUGAACCAAUCAAGCAGUCACCAAUGAUAACCAAAGUAGAAAAGGAAGGAUUAGUAAAUACCAUUAACAUAAACCAAGAAUAUGUUAGAGAUGUAGUUAAGUGUGAAGAUGAUUGCUUGCUGGUUUCAUGUGAGACAAAUGAAAUACUCAAGUACAAGCAAUCAGGAGAAUAUAUUGGUAAGAUUAUACUACCACCAGAUGUCCAAGUUUACAGAAUGUACAAAAUGAAGAAUGGUAACAUUGUAUUUAGUGAUUUGGGUUAUAAUAGCAUAAAAAUAUGUAAUAUGAAUGGUCAGGUGAUCAAAUCAAUUGGCUAUGGAGUAUUACAGAGACCGUUUGGUAUCCAUGUGGAUGAGACAUCAAAUGUUGUGUAUGCAGCAUAUGUUUGUAGUAACUGUGUGUUCAUGUUUGACAUUGACAGUGGCCAAAUGAUGAAGAAGAUAGGAUCACCGGGUGGCAACGAUGGUGAAUUAGGUGCAGUCACUGAUGUUACUCUUACAUAUCAGAGACAUAUUCUCAUAUCGGAUAAUGACUAUGGCAGAUUACAAUUAUUUGAUAAUGAGGGAAGGUUCUUGAAAGUCCUUGUUGAAGCAGGUGAUGAGGAUGGUAAGUUGAUAGAUCCCCGUGGAGUAGUAGUUGAUGAGGAUGACAACAUCAUUAUAUCAAGUAAUCACAAACUACAGCUAUUUAGUAGUGAUGGAAAAUUCAUUAAAAGAAUUGAUAAACCAGAAGAUGGAAUUAACAAUCCACGUGGAUUAUGUAUCAUUUCAUAUAAUCCACGCACAGUUGCAGUAGCCAAUAACGGUAACAAAAGUGUCGACAUAUUCAAUUAUUAAAAAUAAUGAUAGUCUGCUGCCCACAUA